CACGUUGCUCCGUUGCCUGUUGUUGACGCUUGACCACCGUGACGCCCAGCAGCGCGCUUCUGCCCUCGACCGGACUGCUCCCAGGCGCGCUGAGUCGAACAGCUGGAAUCUCUGCCCCCGUGCAGCGUCGUUGCCCAGCGCUCUGCCUGAAACACGCGCAGCGCUCGCCGCAAGAGCCGCUCCCCCACCCACCAUUGGCUGCUCUAGCUGCUCUGCGGAGGCUCACAGGCGUGAGUUGUCGCCGCGACACCACUGUCGAUUGGACCACGACGGUGCUGGCCGCCGCCUUGAUUCGCGCCCUCGCUUCCUGCAACCUUGGAGAUAGGAGCAUGGAACGGUAGAGGAGGGACAACAUGGCCGAGCCCAACUAUGCAUACAACCCGGCCGUGGCCAGCUGGGUGCAGUCCAUGUCGCUGGCCGGUAUUGAGGAGCAGGAGCAGGAUCAGGGUCAGGAUCCGGAUCAGGAUCAGGAUCAGGGCCUUCAUCAGGGUCACCAUGCAGACGACACGCCCGACAGCCCCUCUCCCGAUGACUACUACAAGUCUGCCUACGCGCCCGCGUCCGAGCACGACGUCGCCCCCAUACCCGUCCCGUCGACAGACAUGAACGUCACGCGCCAGCGACAGAACACGGCGAGCUCGAACAACAUACGCUCCCCCCCCAGAGCCGGGCCCCGGUCCGUGUCUGGCCCCGCGUCCUCGGUGGCCUCUUCCCGCUCUCCUCCACCGGUAUCGAACAAGGUCAAGGCGCUGGCGGAGCGAUUCGAGCGCUCGCCGGGCGGCGAUGUGAUCCCCUCGGUCAUACGCUCGCGGUCGAGGGAGCCCACGCGGGCUGGCGCGCACGAUCCCGUCAAACGCCCCGCCGCCCCAACAUCCUCGCCUGCCUCUGCGCCACGGCCGCCCAAGGAAACUGCCUAUGGAUCGUACAAGUUCAACAAUCUCAAACCACGCGAACGACCGCAACCCGCGCCCACAUCUCCACCGCGAACGGCACGACGAGCGACAAACGCAAGCCAUGCAAGCAGAAGCAGCAUCGACCAAACGCUCUCGCCCACGCGGCACUCGGUCACCUCGCCGACACGGCACUCGGUCACUUCCCCAUCACGGCAGUCAGUCACCUCGCCGAACCGACGGCCUGGCCUCGAGCGGGCGUCUUCAAGCGGGCGGCAGCUCUUCGGCGAGGUAGUAGGCGGACAGGACGCAACACUGCCAGGAUACAUGAUCCCCACCUUUGCGAGCACAGCACGUGAGGAAGCCGCGCAAGCAGCACAAGUCCCUCUGCCGCCCAUCAACGAUGCUCAAGACCUGGCAGGUGACGAGGUGCAACUUCCUGCAACGACAUUCACCUCACCCCACCACCAGCGCUCACAGAGCAACGCCACAACAACAUCUGCCAGACAUGGGCAGUCACGGCCCGCCUCGCGGUCCGUACAGUCUCAGCCACGACAAUCCCCGCCCUCUCGAAUACCAGUCAUCUCGCAGCGGUCACGACGGUCGAGCAAUGCAUCAGAAGCCAGCUCUACAGCCCAGUCAGUCAAAUACACACCCACACGCAGCAGUCGGUCGUCUCCGAAUCGUAGUAUGAACAGAAAACCAGCGGGAGGCAGCACAGCCGGGAAGAGCAAUGGCACCGACCAUGCGACGCUACCAGCGUUAGCCUACCGCGGAUAUCGAGAACGAGGGAAGUCGCCCGCAAGGACCGGGCCCAGCGUACCAGCAGUCGUGACUGCCCCACCUCCACCAGCCUCCCCGCGAUUGCGCAACUCAAGAGAAAGACAGCCACUGCAGUCUCCCAACGCGCAUCCGAGAGCCGCCGACGCGCAUGGCGAACUCGAGUACUUUUCACUGGGUGACCAGCUCCACUCAAAAGCCGACCCUCUGGCGAGCCAGCCGGGGCUGUUUGAUGGUGAAAGUGAAUCGCAGACCCUGGAUUUCUCCUUCUCACCCAGCGUGGUCUUUCCUCAGGCACAGGAGAUCCAACCGCUUCCAACCGAGCACACCGAGGAAGAUAGCCAGAGCCCGUCUUCGCGGCGCCAUCAAUCGCUGAGCCUGCAAACCUCUAGCUUGGGCAUAUCGCCACCGACGCAGCCGUGGUCUGCAGUGACCGAUUUUGAAGAGUCUCCAACUUUGGGUAUUCCUGGUAGCUUUGUUCUGACGCCUCCAGUAGUUCAGCCAGAGCCACAACAGGUAGAGUCGCAGCAAACACCGCAAGCGCCUGAGCCUCAACCGUGGCAGGAGCCUGAACCGUGGAAAGAGCCUGAACCGUGGAAAGAGCCUGAACCGUGGAAAGAGCCUGAACAAGAACUCCUCCGACCAGCCAUAUUCCGCGCAUCGGGUAGCGAGCAGGCUCCCGAAUUACCCCCAAUUGAAGAGUCUAUUCUGGGCGUCAGAGAAUCGAUACCAAUCAUGUUCAAUGAUGAACACAUGUCCAGUGAUCUGAAUGGUACGUCCAGGGUUCAGGACGAAGCAUCACAACCUUUCGCUCCUCCGAGACGAUCGGUGCAGGUGUAUGGACACGAGACCUUGUUGCCUGCACUCCACUUCAAGGGCGAGGAUUCACCUACAGAUUCUUUUCACGAUCGCGAUUCCUUGCAUCCAGACGACUCUAUCAGCGUUGCUCCCUACCGAUCAGCAAAACCCAUGCACACAAAGAGCGAAACGUACAGCGUCAUCAACUCGGUGCUCAAUCUCUAUCAUCAGUCGCCAGUCAUCUCACCAGAACUGGCUUCGCUUUCUAGACAAAGAGUCCACCAAGUCUCACCCGUCAUAGCACAGCACCAAGACUGGGCGUCAAAGGAGGCCACUGAGACCUAUCUGGCGCGAAUACUGAGCGACGCCAACGGAUCGCAGCGAGAUAGCGCUCAAGAACAGCCGCGUGAAAGAGAGUCCUUACCACUUCUCACGCCAAAUAUAUAUCAAGCAAGAAAACCCUCGCCGGAGCCUGCGAACCAAAUACCGGCUUUCGUAUUUCCUCCAGAGUCACAUCGCUAUUCUCGCGGCUCGCAAGGGUCGGCAACCACUCUUAUACAAGAAGAUGCUUCGCCGCCAGGCAGCUCAUUCGGCAAUCCGUCACAGGAUACCUUGUUGCCAAACACAGCGUACGACAAUGCGACGCCUUCAACAAACGGUCUGGAUCUGCCGCAGCUUGCUUGGACCAAUGGUGGCCUUGGCUUGUCCAUGAACAACUACAUGCCUCCUUCACCUACAGUCCCUUCACCGACGGUGCAACACCCGCCGCCGCCCGUGUACUCGCCGCCGCCGCCGCCACCUCCACCUUCCAAGUGCCUGGACGAGCUGCCGCCCAUCUCGCCUUCGAUCCCUUCGUAUCCAUUUUCUGGACAUGCUAAGCCAUCCCCCGCGUCGCAGACUGAGGAGCGCUUCGAACAGCAUCCCGCGCGUGCACUCACGCCUGUUGGCAACAUGCACGACAGAAAUUAUAGUGACCGAUAUAGUACGCCGAAAUCUGUGGAGAUUACUGACAAGCCGCUACCAGAGAUCGAUCCGACGGAAGAAGAAACGCCAACAGCUUCUGAGGAAACACCACCAGACCCAGCGCGACAGGCGUUGACCAAGCGUUACCGAAUCCUUGAGGAAAUGCUAACGACAGAACAUCAAUUCUGCAUAGACAUGAUGAUUGCUCACAACAUCUUUGAGGCAACGGCCGGCAGCAUCAUGACCGAAAAAGAAAAGCGUUCACUGUUCAGCAACUGCAAAGAUUUGGAAAAGUUCUCGCUCUCAUUGUUUCGAGCGUUCAAAAAGGCGGCGAAACCCAUCGUCAACCACGACAUGCCACCUCCGACCGGCCCCUGGAGUCGUGACUCAACUGACUCCAAGUCUUUCGGCUCUGCUGAGUUACCUGCGAACCUUCGAUCCGACGAGUUCAAUCAGUUCGAAAACUGCACGCUCGAGAACGACCAUAUGACGUCAAUCGGUCGAGUCUUCCUUGACAAUUUGGAGAAGAUGGAGCGUCUGUACACGACGUACUACCUCAACUCGCAAAAUCAGCAUGCGUACAUCAAGAAGAACCAAAGCAACCCAGAACUUACUGGGUGGGUAGUCGCUUGCUUCGAGCAGGUCGAGAAUAUGACCCAGGCUUGGGAUCUCGAUUCUCUUCUUGUCAAGCCGGCGCAACGCUUGUUGAAGUACCCCUUGCUGCUUGAAUCGCUCGAGCAAGUCACCGAUGCUGACCAUCCCGAUCUGGUGAAUAUCAAGAAGGCUCGUUCAGAGAUUCUCGCUAUUAGUGGACGUAUCAAUGAUGCAAAGAAGCGUGCAGAUACCUUCCGUGCCGCGACUUCAGAGGGCAAGAAAGAGAAGAGCAAAGGCAAGGGACUUGGCAAUGCUUUCGUCAAAGCAUUCAUACCGAAAGCUGAUAAGACGAAGACGUAUGACGAAGCCGAGAAAACAUUCAAGGACAUGGAGUAUAAGUCUCGAGAACAGAAGUUCGGCGGCCACUUCUUCCAGCUCCAGAUCGUCAUGCGCGACUUCGAGAACUACCUCGAUUCGAUUACCGAGCACUACCUACAACUCAAUAUUGUCUUCUUGGGGUUCAUCACUGUCUGUGAGGUUGCACCUUCAGUCAACCCGGAGAUUGAAAGUACAUGGCGCAAAUGGGCUAUGGCUCAUUUCGAGCUCCAGAACAAAGCCCUCGAAGAUCAUAAAGCCGCUGUUCGCAGCCGCGUGCUAAAGCCAAUCUCAGAUCUCUGGGAGAUGUGGGUGUCGUACCAGAAGACUAUAGAGCAGCGCAAGAAGUUUUUGCUCCACUACGUCAAGCACAAGCAGGCUAUUGAUCGCGGUGAGAAGCCUGACCCGGAGACCGUGUCGUCGGCAGAGCGCUUCACUACGAUCAACGAUACCUUGAAACUCGAGUUGCCAUUGCUAUACGACAAAACGAAGGGCGUCAUGCGAAACGUGAUGACUCUCUUCAUGGCCCUCCAAAAAGACUGGUACAAAACCUGCUCGAAGAAGAUUCUCCCACUUUUGGAAACCGAACCACAGCAUACUACGUCUAUAGAUUACGAUCUGAAGGCAUACACAGAACGCUUCAAGUCCGACUACAAUGUGCAGGAGCAAAGGGCAAGGAACUUCGGCAUUACUAACAGUCAGCGUCUGCUGCAAGAGAUCUCAAGCAUGACAUCACCAGUGCCGUCCGACGGGGCUGGCUCAGCACGCAACUCUCAGUCUCGCCGCACCGAAUCUAUGAGCAGUGAGGCUUCUGGCUUCGACCCACGCAAUCGUCAUAGUGGCGGCUACAGUUCGCGGUCCAACAUGCGCUCCAUUGACGGACCUCAACGUUCCUCGCCUGCAGGCCCGGCGUAUCCCUCCCUUUAUCAGAACACAAGCUCUUCCUCUCGAAAUAACUUCGGUCCCGUUUCCUCGCGCGAGGCAGCUCGCGCGCUCAGCCCAGUAUCCGACAAUAGCGAAGUAACCACUGUUCGACAGCAGGAGCGCCGCAAUUCAGCACGAUCAAGGAACCACAAUUACCUGGGCAUGGACGGCGUCGUUGACUUCGAUGAUCGCAAUUCUUUUGGCGCGAGUGUUUUCGACUUUCCACCUCAGCUGGGCGCUUCCUUCCUCUCGCCCUCCCAAUCGAGCAUGCUCACCAUGUCUGCGCCUAGCUCGCAACCUCCCUCUCUCCCGGGCUCGACUCGCCAGUCUGGUGUUUUCAACUCAGCCCUGCCGAUGUCUGACACUCCCAUGCGCGGCAGUGCCGAGGAGCUCCCGAUCACCCCUGGCGACACCGAUGAGCCUGAGGUCCUCUUCUUGGCCGCAAGCCUUUUCGAGUUCAAUAUUGCACAUGACCGUCGUGAGGGCGGUAUUCCGUAUCUUGUCUAUGUUCCUGGCGAAAUUUUCGAUGUUAUUGGCAUGAAGGGCGAGCUGUGGCUGGCACGCAACCAAGACGAUGCGACAAAGACGGUGGGCUGGAUUUGGGAAAAGCAUUUUGCGCGCAUACUUCCUGAAGACGCUUGAUCUGGUAUGUGUUCGAUGUUUGGGGGUUUUGCGGGUUCGCCAGCCCAUUUCCUUACUUUCCUACUUUCUUCUCUUCAAUGAGGUUUCCAAGUUUGAACUUUCAACUUCUUCACAUACGGCUUAGGGCUGGUUUGGCGCAUACGGGAAGGGUUGGAUGGAAAGUUUACGUGCGAUCACGAGCAUUGCUGGCGCAAUUUCUUGCCAUGUAUGGACCGAUUGGUGGACACGAGUGGGAAAGGAUGUAGCGCAAUGCUGCAUUGGGUGUAUGAUAUGAGCAACAACACAACAACGC